AUGGCUGCGGCUCUGCCCGUGGGCGGCGGCGGCGGCAUUCAGGGCUCCCUGCACCAGCUCUCCUGCGCGCUGCAGGACCCGGACCCCGGCACUGCCGCCCUGCACGGCUACCACCUCAUCCGCAGCGUGGGGGAGACGUGCGUGACCAGCACCGGGGACGGCGCCCGCGCAUUGCAAACUUCACUGGUGUUUUCCAAAGAUAAUGGAUUACUUGUGUUUGUCCGCAAAUCUCUCAGCAUGGAGGAAUUUCGAGAGUGCAGGGAAGAAGCUUUAAAAUUUCUCUGUGCCUUUCUGGAAAAGAUUGGUCAGCAAGUUCAUCCUUAUGCCCAUGAUAUUAAGCAAACUUGUAUUAGCGUUUACACAAAAGAAAAGGCUGCAAAAUGUAAAAUCCCAGCUCUGGAGCUUCUCAUUAAGUUGCUUCAAAAUUUACGAUCUUCCUUUCUGAUGGAAGAAUUGAAAGUUGGAGACAUCUUUAACAAAUUUUAUGGGGAACUUGCUGCAAGAAGUAAAGUGCCUGACACAGUACUGGAAAAAUUAUAUGAGCUCCUUGGAGUCUUGGGAGAAGUCCAACCUAGUGACAUGGUUGACAACUCUGAGAAAUUAUUCCGAGCUUUCUUGGGUGAGCUCAAAACACAGAUGACCUCAGCAACAAGAGAGCCCAAACUACCAGUAGUAGCAGGGUGUCUGAAAGGACUGACUGCGCUUAUGUAUAACUUUACUAAAUCCAUGGAUGAAGAUCCCCACACUUCAAAGGAGAUUUUUGAUUUUGCAGUGAAGGCAAUCAAUCCACAGGUUGACCUAAAGCGAUAUGCAGUACCUUUAGCUGGCUUACAGUUGUUCAGCAUGCAUGCUGCUCAGUUUGGCACCUUCCUUCUGGACAACUAUAUCUCACUCUUUGAAGUACUGUCCAAGUGGUGUGGCCAUACAAAUGCAGAGCUGAAGAAAGGCGGUCAUUCAGCCCUAGAUUCGUUCCUUAGACAGAUUUCUCUAAUGGUGGCUAAAGAUGCAGAAAUGCACAAGAGCAAGCUGCGGUUCUUCAUGGAGAAGUUCUAUGAUAUCAUCAGAAAAAUGGAUUCGAGCAAUAAGGAGUUGUCCAUUGCUAUUCGUGGAUAUGGGCUUUUUGCUGCGCCUUGUAAAGCUAUAAAUUCUAAGGAUGUUGACUUCAUGUACGUUGAGCUCCUUCAGCGCUGUAAGCAAAUGUAUCUCACUGAGGCGGAGACAGCAGAUGAACAUGUGUAUCAGCUACCCAGUUUCCUUCAGUCCAUUGCAAGUGUUAUAUUCCACAUAGAUACAAUUCCUGAAGUAUACACUCCAGUUCUUGAACGUCUAAUUGUGGUGCAGAUAGAUAGUUUUCCACAGUACAGUGUAAAAAUGCAGUCGGCCUGUUGCAAAUCCAUAGUAAAGGUUUUCCUAGCCCUGGCAGGAAAGGGACCAGUUCUCUGGAGUUUCAUCAGCACGGUGGUGCAUCAGGGGUUAGUCAGAGUCUGCUCCAAGCCGAUUACCUUCUCAAGGGAGAUUUUUGGCAAAGAAGUUUCUAAAUUGGAAGAGUCCACAACAGCUGGAGAGGUCAGAACUGGGAAAUGGAAAGUACCUACGUAUAAGGACUAUCUGGAUCUUUUUAGAAGCCUAUUGAACUGUGACACAAUGAAGGAGUCCGUUUUGGCAGAUGAAACCUUUCUGAUUGCAAAUGCACCGCUGCUUUCUCUGAACCGUUUGUUGUAUGAUGAACUUAUAAAAUCGAUAUUGAAGAUUAUUGAGAAGUUGGACUUGACAGUUCAGAAACUGAAUGUUAGUGAACAGGAUGAAAAUGAAGCUGGCAGUGCUUUGGUUGUUCCUACUUCUGAUCCAGCUUCAAACCUUCAGCCAACUAAGCCUAAAGAUUUUAUAGCAUUCAUUAACCUAGUAGAAUUCUGCAGAGAAAUUCUGCCAGAGAAGCAUGUUGAAUUUUUUGAACCAUGGAUGUAUUCCUUUGGUUAUGAGCUUAUUAUACAGUCAACACGGUUACCUCUUAUUAGUGGAUUCUACAAAUUGCUCUCUGUUGCAAUGAAGAUUGCCAAGAAAAUAAAAUACUUUGAGGGUGUAAGUCCAAAGAGUUACCAAAAAUGCCCUGAUGACCCUGAGAAGACCUCUUGCUUUGCACUAUUUGCAAAAUUUGGAAAAGAGGUAACAGCAAAAAUGAAACAGUACAAAGACGAGUUGUUAGCAUCAUGUCUGACCUUUGUACUCUCCUUACCACAUGACAUCAUCAUGCUUGAUAUCAAAGCAUACAUUCCUGCGUUGCAGAAUGCAUUUAAGCUGGGCCUCAGCUAUACCCCAAUGGCUGAUGAGGGGCUGGAUGCCCUGGAAGACUGGUCAGCUCACAUUCCCAAACAUAUAAUGCAGCCUUACUACAAGGAUGUCCUGCCUCUCUUUGAUGGCUAUUUGAAAACCACUGGAUCGGCAGAUGAAUCCCAGAAUAAUUGGGAAGUGAGGAAGCUUUCUCGUGCAGCCCAGAAAGGAUUUAACAAAGUUGUGAUACAACGUCUGAAAAAAGCAAAGACCCUUUCAUUGGAAGAUCAUCUAUCCUUGGAAGCUGUAAGAACUAGAGUGGUACGGCUUCUUGGAUCUUUGGGAGGGCAGAUCAAUCGAAAUUUACUUACAGCUGCUUCUGCAGAAGAGAUGAUGAAGAAAUUUGUGUCCUGGGACACUGAGAAGCACCUGAGCUUUGCUGUACCCUUUGCAGACAUGAAGCCAGUCAUCUACCUGGAUUUGUUCUUGCCUCGUGUGACUGAAUUAGCUCUAUCUGCUAGCGACAGGCAAACUAAAGUUGCAGCAUGUGAGCUCUUGCAUAGCAUAGUUAUGUACAUGUUGGGGAAAGCAUCUCAAAUGCCAGAUGGACCUACAGGUUCCCCACCCAUGUAUCAGCUGUAUAAACGAAUGUUUCCUGUACUGCUUCGGCUUGCCUGCGAUGUAGACCAGGUAACAAGGCAGUUGUAUGAGCUUCUAGUCAUGGAAUUGAUUCACUGGUUCACCAACAACAAAAAAUUUGAAAGUCAGGACACAGUAGCAUUGCUGGAAGCUAUUCUGGAUGGGAUAGUGGAUCCUGUUGACAGCUCUUUGAGAGACUUCUGUGGUCAGUGUGUUAGAGAAUUUAUGAAAUGGUCCAUUAAGCAGACAACGCCGCAACAACAGGAGAAAAGUCCAGUGAACACCAAGUCACUCUUCAAGCGACUGUACAGCCUUGCGCUUCACCCUAAUGCUUUGAAGAGGCUGGGAGCAGCGCUUGCUUUUAACAACAUCUAUAGAGAAUUUAGGGAAGAAAAUUCUCUAGUAGAGCAAUUUGUGUUUGAAGUAUUGGUUGUGUAUUUGGAAAGUCUGGCCUUGACCCAUACAGAUGAGAAGUCACUAGGUACAGUUCAACAAUGUUGUGAUGCCAUUGAUCAUCUAAAGCGCAUAAUUAAGCACAAAGCAUCUUCCCUAAAUAAGGCAGAAAAACGGCGGAUACCACGAGGAUUUCCAAAUGCUAAGUCAGUGUGUCUGUUGGACCUUGUCAUGUGGCUGUUGGUACAAUGUGGGCGACCCCAGACAGAAUGUCGGCAUAAAUCCAUGGAGCUCUUCUAUGAGUUUGUUCCUUUAUUACCAGGAAACCAGUCCCCAUCUUUGUGGCUAGGUGAUCUUCUAAAAAAACAAGGAAUCUCUUUCCUCAUCAACAAAUUUGAAGGGGGAGGUAAUGAUGGUGACAAUCUCUCUGGAAUCCUUUCUCAGCCAACACUGUGUGACAUGCAGGAACCCUUUAGUUUGCGAGCUGUUGUGCAGUGGAUGGAUAUGUUUUUAGCAGCUCUGGACUGCUACAAUACAUUCAUCGAGCAGGGAAUGAUCAAACCAAACGAAAUACUAGGUACAAAGAUGAGGUCUUCAUUCCUGAGAGCUGUGGAGUUCUUCCUUAAAACUAUUGUCUUGCAUGAUAUAUCUGCAGCAGAGCGAUGCUUUGACACUGGGUCAAAAGGCAAUAUGUUCAGCCCACAAGAAAGAGAAGAGUAUAAUUACAGCAAAUGCACAAUCAUAGUCCGAAUCAUGGCAUUUGUCAGCAUGAUCCUGGAGACCUGCCAACAGGAUUUCUGGAAGUUACUUGAGAAGGAAUUGCUUAAUGCAAAUCUGAUAGAACUUCUUGGGAGAAUAGUGUGUGAUCCAGCAAACAUAGGCUUUAAUACAGCUGAUGUACAAGUCAUGAAAAAUCUCCCAGAUGUUUCUGUGAGGCUCAUAAAAGCUUUGAUGAAAUCUCCCUAUAAAGAAUCCUUGGAGCUAAGCAUAAAGGAAAGAAUAACAUCACAAAGCAUCGAGGAGCUUUGCUCUGUUGAGCUGUAUAAUCCAGAUGCUCGUUUUGAUCACGUUAGACUAAGCUCCAUCUUGUCUGCAUGCAGGCAGCUCCACAAGGCUGGCCUGCUUCAUUCCACACUUCAAUCACAGGGUUCGGGGCUCCAUUUCACAGUUGGCUCUAAGCUUCUUUCAGUUGUUUAUAAAAGCAUUGCACCAGGAGAUGAGAGGAAAUCUCUUCCAUCAUUGGACAUCAGCAGCAAGCGACUGGCUGAUGGACUCCUGCAGCUGGCCUUUGCUUUUGGUGGCCAGUGUGAGGAGCUGGUAAGUCUCCUGUUGAACACAAUGAUGCUGUCUGUGCCACUAUCAGGAACAUCACAGAGGAGUCUGAUCAGCUUCUCCCACGGAGAGUAUUUCUACAGUUUGUUCUCAGAAACCAUUAAUCAAGAACUGCUGAAAGAUCUGGAUGUGGCCAUACUUCAACUUAUGAAAUCAUCUGUGGACAGCCCCAAAAUGGUGGGUACCAUCCUGAAUGGAAUGUUAGAUCAAAGCUUUAGAGAGCGUGCUGUACGCAAGCAGCAAGGAAUGAAGUUGGUGACGGCAGUACUGAGAAACUGGAUGAGACUUGACAGCUGGUGGGCCAAAGAUUCUGCUCCAGAGAGCAAAAUGGCUGUUUUGACACUGUUGGCUAAAGUUCUGCAGAUUGACUCCUCAGUGUCUUUUAAUACAAAUCAUGAGGCUUUCUCUGCUGUUUUUAAUACAUAUACCAGCCUACUUAUUGAUCGGAAUUUAGGUCUAAAUCUAAAGAGUCAAGCAGUGAUUAUUCUUCCAUUCUUCACUAAUCUGACUGGAGAAAGGAUUAGUGAGCUUAAGAAUGCUCUUGACCAACUGGUGGCUUUCAAUUUCCCCAUGAAGUCUGAUGAGUUUCCAAAGGGAACCUUGAGGUACAAUAACUAUGUGGACUGCACUAAAAAGUUUCUAGAUGCACUAGAAUUAUCUCAGAGUCCAAUGUUGUUACAAUUGAUGACAGAAAUCCUCUGUAGGGACCACAGACACUUUAUGGAGGACUUGUUUCAAACCAGUUUCAAAAGAAUUUCCAGAAGGAGCAGCUGUGAAAAACAAGUGGUGCUGUUAGACACCGUGCACAAAAUGUUCCAGAGUGAAGCCCUUCUUUCAAAUGCCACUCGACAAGCCUUUGUGGAUCGCUCUUUCCUCACCCUCUUGUUGCACUGCAGCUUGGAUGCACUGAAAGAUUUUUUUAGCAAGAUUGUAUUGGUAGCCAUGGAUACACUGAAGACCAGAUUUACAAAGUCAAAUGAACCUGCUUUUGAUACACAAGUCACCAAGAAAAUGGGGUAUUAUAAGAUUCUGGAAGUGAUGUACUCCCGUCUCUCAAAAGAGGAUAUUUACUCCAAGGACUCUAGAAUUAACCAGGCUUACCAGGGAUCCACAAAUGUAGAAGGAAAUGAACUUACCAAGACACUAAUAAAGUCAUGCUAUGAUGCAUUUACAGAAAACAUGGCUGGUGAGAGUCAGCUGUUGGAGAAGAGGAGACAGUACCAUUGUGCUGCAUAUAACUGUGCCAUUGCUGUCAUCAGUUGUGUCUUCACCGAAAGUAAAUUCUAUCAAGGUUUUCUCUUCACAGAAAAACCAGAAAAGGGGAAUAUUAAAGAUGAGAUACUGGCUAACAGAUUACUUGAAUUCUUGAUGAAGAAUGUAUUUCAUCAGAAGAGAGCAGUGUUCAGACACAACUUGGAAAUUAUAAAGACAGUUGUGGAGUGCUGGAAGGAUUGUCUCUCCAUACCGUACAGGUUAAUAUUCGAACAAUUUUCUGGUGGAGAUCCUAAUACAAAGGAUAACUCAGUGGGAAUUCAGUUGCUUGGUAUUGUUCUUGCUAACAACUUGUCUCCCCAUGACCCAAAGUGUGAAAUAGACAGCGUGAGGUACUUUCAGGAUUUGGCCAAUAACAUGUCCUUAAUAAGGUAUAAGGAAGUUUAUGCAGCUGCAGCAGAAGUGCUGGGACUUAUUCUUCGAUACAUGGCUGAGAAGGAAAAUAUAUUUGAGGGUCCAGUUUAUGACUGUGUCAUAAAACAGAUAAAACAGCAUCAAAGCACCAAAGAGGACAAGUUUAUUGUGUGCUUAAAUAAAGUGGCAAAGAACUUUCCUCCUCUUGCUGACAGGUUUAUGAAUGCAGUAUUCUUCUUGAUACCAAAACUUCAUGGUGUUCUGAAAACAUACUGUCUGGAGGUGGUGAUGUACCGUGCAGAGGAGAUAAUUGAUCUCUACUUACAAUUAAAGAGUAAAGAUUUCAUCCAAGUCAUGAGUCACAGAGAUGAUGAAAGACAGAGGGUGUGUUUGGAUAUCAUAUACAAAAUGUUGCCUAAGCUGAAACCCCUAGAACUAAGAGAACUUCUUCCUGGAGUAACAGGGUUCAUCUCUCACCCUUCUCCGGUAUGUCGGGAGCGCAUGUAUGACAUCCUGAUGUGGAUUUAUGAUAACUACAGGGAUCCAGAAAGCCAAGCAGAGGAGGAAUCUCAGGAAGUGUUCAAACUAGCAAAAGAAAUGCUGCUUCAGGGACUGAUGGAUGAAAACUCCGGACUACAAUUGAUUGUUAGAAAUUUUUGGAGUGAUGAAACUAGGUUGCCUACAAAUACCCUCGAUCGUAUGUUGGCUUUAUUAAAUUCCUUAUACUCUACCAAGAUAGAAACCCAAUAUUUGAGUUUAGCAACGAAUUUUCUGCUUGAAAUGACCAGCAAGAGCCCAGAUUAUUCCAGAAAAAUGUUUGAGCAUCCACUUUCUGAAUGCAGAUUUCAGGACUUCGCUAUUGAUUCUAACUGGCGUUACCGAAGUACUGUUCUCACACCAAUGUUUGUGGAGACCCAAGCUACCCAAAGUGCCAAGAGGAAUCGGUCACAAGAAGGAUCCCUUUCAACUCCGGGGUCACUAGGUGGUCAAGUGAGGGCUACCCAACAGCAGUACGAAUUUACACCUACACAGAAUGUCAAUGGGAGAAGCUCUUUUAACUGGCUAACAGGAAGCAGCAUUGACACAUUGGCAGAGUAUACGGUCCCUUCAUCUUCUGAAUCAUUGUCCUCAUCCAUGCUGUUUGUUAGCAAGCGGAGUGAGAAAUCACAGAGGGCAACCUUAAAACCAUUGGGACCCAAUUUUGGGAAGAAAAGGUUGGGUUUGCCAGGAGACGAGGUGGACAGCAAAGCUAAAGGCCCAUUAACUGCCCAUGUCUUUGUUUUACAGGAAAUGAGUUACCAGCACAGAGAGCUGCUAGACCUCGACUCAGCUACUGUGAGCACUAGCUGCUUAGCCAGUUUACAGCAACCCGUGGGCAUCCUGCUUCUUGAACAGGCUCUAACUCGUCUUUCUUCAGAAGAAGAACCACUGUCCAAACGAAUGCGUGGAAGGGCAGAGCUCUCUCCAGAUGUAAUCAGAUGGAUUGAACUUGCUAAGCUUUAUCGAUCUGUUGGAGAUUAUGAUGUUCUUCGUGGUAUUUUCAGUGGAAAGAUUGGAACUAAGGAAAUUACCCAGAAUGCACUGUUAGCAGAGGCAAGAAGUGAUUAUGCUGAAGCAGCUAAACAAUAUGAUGAGGCUCUCUCUAAACAAGACUGGUCGGAUGGUGAACCUACAGAAGCAGAAAAGGAUUUCUGGGAACUUGCAUCUCUUGAAUGCUACAACCAUCUGACAGAGUGGAAGUCACUGGAGUAUUGUUCCACUGUUAAUAUUGAUAGCGGACAACCUCCAGACCUAAACAAAACGUGGAAUGAUCCAUUUUAUCAGGAAACCUAUCUGCCAUAUAUAAUACGGAGUAAGUUGAAAUUACUGCUCCAUGGGGGCAAUGACCAGUCCUUGCUGACCUUCAUUGAUGAGGCUAUGAAGAUAGAACAGAGGAAAGCCCUUAUAGAAAUGUAUUACAGCCAAGAGCUGAGUCUUCUCUACAUCUUGCAGGAUGACUUUGACAGAGCCAGAUAUUACAUCAGCAGUGGCAUGCAGACCUUCAUGCAGAACUAUUCCAGUAUUGACACUCUGUUACACCAAAGUCGACUAACAAAGCUGCAGUCUGUCCAAGCUUUAACAGAAAUACAGGAAUUCAUCAAUUUUAUAAGCAAACCAAGCAGCUUAGCUUCUCAAGCUUCCCUUAAGAGACUUCUUAGAAUUUGGACAAGCAGAUAUCCAGAUGAUAAAAUGGACCCCAUGAACAUCUGGGAUGACAUCAUUACAAACCGGUGUUUCUUUCUUGGAAAAAUUCAGGAGAAACUGCCUAACAUCCAGGCUGAUGAUAGUAUGGAGGUGGAUGGAAGGGGAGAUGUUGGUGACAAAAUGGAAACAGAUAUGCAGGAAGAAGACAUUCAUUCAAUGAUUAGAAGCUGCAAAUUUAACAUGAAAAUGAAGAUGAUAGAGAGUGCCAGGAAACAGAACAGCUUCUCAGUUGCCAUGAAGCUUCUGAAGGAUCUGCACAGAGAGUCUAAAACCAGAGAAGACUGGCUCUUGAGAUGGAAUCACAGCUAUUGCCGCUUUAGCCAUAGUCGCAGUCAGAGCCAGAAUAGUCCUGAACAAAUGCUCACUGUGUUGAAAACCAUCUCUUUACUGGAUGAGAGCAAAUCUGACUACCUGAGUAAGAACAUAGUGGCCUUCCGCAACCAAAAUCUUCUGUUGGGUACCACUUACCAUAUUUUGGCCAGUGCCCUUAGCAAAGAUCCAGGAUGUCUUGAAAAAAUUGAGGAAGAAAAAGCUAGAAAAGUCGUGAUGCUUUCUGGAGAGAGGCCUGAAAAUUCUGAGAAGGUGAUAGCAGGUCUGAACAAGAAGGCUUUCCAGUACUUCAGCACUGCAGUGAGGAAGGCUGAAGAAGAGGUGCAGUCUCACUCUGUGGAGCAUGUAGACCUGACUGGAGUCAUAGAUGCUUACAUGACUUUGGUUGAUUUCUGUGACAAGCAUCUCCGUAAAGAGGAAGAAGGUUCAUCUGAUGUCAGUGCUCUGGAUCUGCAGACAUUCCCAGCCAUUGUAGUGGAGAAAAUGAUAAAGGCUUUAAAACUGAAUUCCAGAGAUGCCAGGCUAAAAUUUCCUAGGCUCCUGCAAAUAAUAGAAAGGUAUCCAGCAGAGACACUGGGCCUAAUGGCACGAGAGAUUUCAUCAGUUCCUUGCUGGCAGUUCAUUGGUUGGAUUAGCCAGUUGAUGGCAGUGCUUGACAAAGAGGAAGCUGUAGCUGUGCAACAUACUGUAGAAGAGAUUGCAAAUAGCUACCCACAGGCAAUCGUUUAUCCUUUCCUGAUCAGCAGUGAAAACUAUUCCUUCAAAGACACUGCAACUGGCCACAAGAACAAGGAGUUUGUAGCAAGGAUAAAGAGUAAAUUAGACAGAGGAGGAGUGAUUCAAGAUUUUGUUCAUGCCCUGGAACAGCUUUCUAAUCCAGUGAUGCUCUUUAAGGAUUGGGUUGAGGAUGUCAAAAAUGAGUUGGGAAAAACUCAGAGAAAUAAAAAUAACCUUAAGGAAAUGUAUGAAGGAAUGUACAGAAACUUAGGAGAUUUACAAGCUCCAGGUCUUGGGUUGUUCAGAAAGAGAUUUAUUCAGACCUUUGGGAAGGAUUUUAGCAGUCAUUUUGGAAAAGGCGGCUCGAAACUGUUCGAUAUGAAGGCUGAUGACUUCAGUAGAAUUGCAUUCUCUCUCCUUUCAAAAAUGAAAGACCAGAAAGAACCUGGAAAUCUGAAAGAAUGCUCACCUUGGAUGAGUGACUUCAAAGCUGAAUUCAUGAGGAACGAACUGGAGAUCCCUGGUCAGUAUGAUGGUAAAGGUAAACCAUUGCCAGAAUACCAUGCAAAAAUCUCUGGAUUUGAUGAACGGAUAAAAGUAAUGGAGUCUAUCAGGAAACCAAAACGUAUAAACAUCCGAGGCAGUGACGAGCGGGAACAUCCCUUUCUUGUCAAAGGUGGUGAAGAUCUCCGGCAGGACCAGCGCAUUGAGGAGCUCUUUGAUGUCAUGAAUAUUAUCCUUUCCCAAGAUGCUGCCUGCAGCCAAAGGAACAUGCAGAUAAAAACUUACAAAGUCAUACCCAUGACAACCAGAUUAGGGCUGAUUGAGUGGUUGGAAAAUACCUGUACCUUAAAGAAUUUCCUUAUGGAAAGCAUGACCGAAGAGGAAAAAGAUGACUAUCACAGCCGAAAAGGACCUCGUAUCAUGUACAGUGACUGGCUGUCCAAGAUGGCUGGGAAGGAGAAUGGCAUUGCACGCUAUAAGACUAUGUACAGUAGAGCUAAUCGUACAGAAACAGUCGUGUCUUUCAGAAACAGGGAAACCAGUGUUCCAGGAGACCUUUUAAGGAGAGCAUUUGUUAAGAUGAGUACAGCUCCUGAGGCCUUUCUAUCUCUGCGAUCCCAUUUUGCCAGCUCUCAUGCACUGAUGUGCAUCAGCCAUUGGAUUCUUGGUAUUGGAGACAGACAUCUGUCCAACUUCAUGAUUAAUAUGGAGACAGGCGGCAUGGUGGGAAUAGACUUUGGACAUGCAUUUGGUUCAGCGACGCAGUUUCUGCAAGUGCCAGAGUUGAUGCCUUUUCGUCUAACUCGCCAGUUCAUUAAUCUGAUGUUGCCAAUGAAAGAAUCGGGUCUCAUUUAUAGUGUGAUGGUACAUUCCCUAAGAGCCUACCGCACAGAGCCAGACCUCCUGGUCAGCACUAUGGACGUGUUUGUAAAAGAACCUUCCUUAGACUGGCAGAAUUUUGAAUUGAAGCAGUUGAAAAAAGGCGGCACAUGGUCUAAGGAAGUAAACACAGCUGAAAUAAACUGGUAUCCCUUGCAGAAAGUGAACUGUGCCAAAAGAAAGCUGGCAGGUGCCAAUCCAGCAGUACUCACCUGUGAUGAAUUACGACUGGGCCAUGAGAAAUCACCUGCCUACAAGGAAUAUGUAGCUGUAGCUCAAGGAAGCAGAGAUCACAACAUCCGAGCCAAAGAACCAGAGGAUGGACUUUUGGAAGAAAUCCAAGUGAGAUGCCUUUUAGAUCAAGCAACAGACCCCAAUCUCCUUGGCAGAGUUUGGGAAGGAUGGGAGCCCUGGAUGUGAAAGAGAGGCUGUAAGGAAAUAAUCAAAUGGAGUGUUCUCUAAGCCAAACCACUACAGUCAAGUUACUGUGUGGUGGGGGAGAAGCAUGGAUAGAAAAACAAUUAAUUUGUAUUUUCCACAGUGGUAAGUCUGAACUGAUUAAGGGUUGUGAUACUGUGGUUGAACUUACUCAAAGAUGACAAUUAGGAACUAAUGUCUCUGUACUAGGAAUAUGGUAACUGUGUUGAAGGCUAAGGCCCAUGAUAUUAAGCUAUUGUAUUUAACAGAAGAAACCACAAACAAAAUAACCACACAAUCUUUGAAUGGGUUUUUAACAUGCUGUAUUGUUUAAUCCACACAAAGAGUGAUA